AGUAAGGAAUGACGCACGUUUUCACGGGGAAAAGUGGAAAUAUUUCGAACGUGUAUAUUUUGUGCUCUUUGUUCUGAGAUAUAUUUAUCUUUCAUUCGCCUUCGAGUGGCGGUUCCACCGUUGAAAAACUUCGCUGUUUCGUUCGCGGGAUACGGGUUUCUAUCAGGUUGGAACUCUAAAAAGGUGCCGCAUGAGUAUGGCUUACGCCACAGCAGGUCCAUUUCAAAAUUGGCUGCUAAUGAUGGGCGACAGGUUGUGGAAAAUGUGGAGGAGAAAGUAUAGAGCCAGCUAUUUAGUGCAAUCAGAGUGAUGAAAUUGUGAAUGUGUACGAACGGUGGUGAGAGAGAAAAAUUCGAGAUGAAUAUAAAUCACAUCCUCAAAGUGACAGAAUAUUUUAGCUCUACGGCGUUAUUUAAUUGAAGAAAAAAAUAGUUUUGCCAGACAACCAUCAGAAGCAAUCGAGUGGGGUAAAGCAAAAUGAAAAUGUGAUAAAGAUGAACGAAAACAGCGGCGGAAGCAGCAACAGGCAUAAUACAAUUAUCUCCAUUCUAAUAAAAUAGUUUUAAUGAGUUAUUUCUGCUGUACAAGCCAGUGGGCGAUAGUUUUACGGUGGUGCACCGGGAGUGCAGCCCCAAACAACAGUGCCAAACCAUCCCGUUGUGGCGGUUUACUUUUCUAAGAAGAAAAGUUAGCAUUGAGCGGAAAUUAGUCGACAAAGUAGAAAACAACUUACGUCCACACCGCGCCUUUGCACUGGAUCGACACGGAUCUUGAGUAGUUUGCACCGACAGGGCCGGAAGCUGGUGUGCAGAGGACAAGCCAGCAGCUAUGGAGCGAAAGCGUUCGAUCCGUCGACGGCAGAAACCACCAUUUGCCGAACGGUUUAAGGAUCACUGUCGAAGUUUCACUGCAUUUAUGUUCAGUAAUGUCGGGAUUAUUUUUUUAGUCGUCCUCUAUAUGAUCGCCGGUGCGUUCAUGUUCAUCGCGAUCGAAGAUAAUGAAGCUUUAGAAAGGUUUGCUCAAAUACCGUCCAGAAGAAACGAGACUGCCAUGCGACUGUGGCAGAUAUCCUGCUGUGAAAUAAAUGUGUUCAACAAAACCAUGUUCGAGGAAAGAGUAGGAGAAGAAAUACGGGCAUACCAGGAGAAGAUUGUCCUUUGGGCUCGCAGAGGCUGGCAGGGUAGUGACAUCACGCUGGAAAGCGAAACGAUGGUGAAGCAGUGGUCCUUCUCCGGAGGAUUUCUAUACUCCCUCACAGUUAUCACUACAAUCGGUUACGGAAACAUUGUACCUAGAACGGAGUGGGGAAAAAUUGCAACGAUAUUCUACGCAAUCAUAGGAAUGCCACUGUUUCUUCUCUAUCUUUCCAACAUAGGUGAUAUUUUGGCGAAAUCGUUCAAAUGGAUUUACGCCAAAUUUUGUCUGUGCCGGGUGUGUCCGGGAGUGGCCCGACGACGCGCUCUCAGAGCCAGGCGUAGAGCAAGGACUGAAGAACGUGACUACCAGUCGGAGCUGGGUGAUAACGGAUUCGACACAGCCACCAUCACCACUUCCAAUGUGGAGGAUGAAAUCGAGGAGGAAAUCACUGCCGAGACGCACACUGUAACCGUUCCAAUUACUAUUUGUAUAAUGAUAAUGAUCGGGUAUAUAUUUUUUGGGGCUCGACUGUUCGCUGACUGGGAAAACUGGGAUAUUCUAGAUGGUAGCUAUUUCUGUUUCAUAUCACUCAGUAGCAUUGGUUUUGGAGAUAUUGUUCCUGGUGCCUCGCUGCAAACGAAAGGUGAUACGAAGAUGGAAAUCAGUUUCAUACUCUGUGCGAUUUAUCUACUGCUUGGUAUGGCACUGAUAGCCAUGUGCUUUAAUCUGAUGCAGGAACAAGUAAUCUACAAAAUACGAUCACUAAAGAAAUGCGUCCGUGGAUGCCUCCAGUGUCGGAAAGCCGCACCACAAGUCAACGAGGAGGAUUUCGAGAGCUGAAAGAGAGAGAGAGAGAGAGAGAGAGAGAGAGAGAGAGAGAGACAGAGAGGUGCAUAAAUAACAAAUCAAUGAGAUUUGAUGUUGGUGCUAGUGUGACAAAUAAAUCAACACAAUUCCGUGCGUGGGAUAUGUGCUCUUGAUGUCGAGAAGGCUGCUGGAAUCAACACGGGAAUCACGUUCUACGUGAAUUCGUCUACUGCUAUAUUCUAGGCUAUUUAGAUGAUAGAGCGGUUAAAGACAAUGCGCGAUAGCUGUAUACUUUUUUACUUAUUUCUCGAUGUAAAUAAUCUUCGUUCGAUUUUUUUUUAUUCGCCAAUUACAUUUUGAGAGUGAGUAAUUUUAGAGUUUAGUUAUUAACGUAUGAAGUAAAUUCGAAUCCAAACAUUUGUUAAACAUUCCAAAGGAAGAAAACAAAACUAAGAAUGUCA